CACUCGUAUUGCAAUUUUCCUUUUCUUUUGGCGUGGCUCUGCUAACGAUCCGCGCGUUACAUCGUUGCGAAGCGGUGAGAUAAAGAAGCGCAGAAAGAUCUGCAUGAUGUUGUGGUGUUAUUUUGCUGACUGGACGACCCGCAGUAGCAACGUCGCGUAACGCAAGCGAACCGUGGAAAUGGGUAUACAUGUGUAUGUGUGUGGUUGGCUGUUGUUUUUCUCGAGAUGGUUGGAAAGUUUCAGCAGAUCAAAAGACGAUAGAGAAAGAAAACACUCUUUCGAGAGUGGAGUAUAAAAGCAAGCUGUAGGCAUGGAUCAAGCAUCAUCCAACCAGCGAACGUUGUACGGUGCAGCUGAUCAGCAGUAUAUUUGGAAAGGCAAAACAUGAAGGCGUUCAUUGUGUUCUCUGUGGUCCUGGCCCUUGCCAGCGUGGGUGCAGUCGAAAACUCCAACAAGGAAAAGCGCGGACUGUGGGAGGUUGAGUCGGGACAUGACUCGUACGAAGCCUACGGCCAGCAUCAUCAACCACUGAACUAUGGAUACACCAAGAAGGAGAUCAUCACAAAGAAGGUCCCAGUUCCUUAUCCAGUAGAGGUCGAGAAGCACGUCCCAGUUCCGGUGAAGGUCCCGUACCCGGUGAAGGUCGAGAAGGAGGUCCCAUUCGUGGUUGAGAAGAAGGUCCCGGUUUACAUCGAAAAGAAGGUUCCAGUGCACGUUGACCGCCCGUACCCGGUGGAAGUGAAGGUUCCAGUUGAGGUCCCAGUUUACAAGAAGGAGUACGUCGAGGUCCCGAAGCCAUACGCAGUUCAUGUCGAGAAGCCUUAUCCAGUGUACGUGAAGCAGCCCGUCUACGUCGAGAAGCAGGUUCCAGUGACCGUCCACAUCAAGGAGCACCACAAGAAGCCGUACUGGGCGAGCGAGAAAACAGUCUCUCAUAUGGCGUUCAUUGUGUUCUCCAUGGCUCUGGCCAUCGCAUGCGCGGCUGAUACCGAUGCAGCCAAGAAGGAAAAGCGUGGACUGUGGGAGGAAUCCUAUGACAGCUAUGGCUACGACAACUACGGACUGGGCUACUCCGAUUAUCCCGAGAAGGAGGUGAAGCACAUCAUCACGAAGAAGGUCCCGGUGCCGUACCCAGUGGAAGUCGAGAAGCACGUUCCAGUCGAGGUGAAGGUCCCGUACCCAGUUGAGGUCGAGAAGAAGGUCCCGGUCGUCAUUGAGAAGAAGGUCCCGGUGUACGUGGAGAAGAAGGUCCCAGUCCAUGUUGACCGUCCAUACCCAGUUGAGGUGAAGGUCCCAGUCCAUGUCCCGGUCUACAAGAAGGAGUACGUCGAGGUCCCGAAGCCGUACGCAGUUCAUGUCGAGAAGCCUUAUCCAGUCUACGUCAAGCAGCCCGUCUACGUCGAGAAGCAGGUCCCAGUGACGGUGCACAUCAAGGAACAUCACAAGAAGCCGUACUGGGGUUGAACAGCUUCUGUAAAACGUUUUGAAAUAACUUUAUGAGACGAAUGAUGCCAAAAAUAUAAUUCUUUACCUGAAGUAUGCAA